UGGAACAUCAUGAGAUGCCUAUCCUCGAUGAUAUCAGCGACAAUCCUAUUGUAAUUAAUGUACGAUAAUGCCCGUACACCUUCAGCAGCAUAACAUCAGGGUCCAUUUCAAAAAAGCAAUCGAACUUCGAAAACUUGCGACUAUACGAGGGGGCAACCCUCUAACGUUACAAUUUCUUCCCCACAUUUUACACGUUAGAAAAUUUUAAUUUUCAACUAAAAACUUUGAUCACUUUAAUCGGUCUAUUGCACGUUAUUGUUUUGGAGAAUAAAAAAAUUACAUAAAGAAAAUGACACUUCUAAAAUGAAGAAAAAUCUCCAUAUUUUACAUGACACUUAUAAAAUAAUAUAACAGUACAAUACAUCUACACCUAUUUUAAAGACAUAUCAGGGCAAAACCAACUUAAAUCUAAUUACUAAUUGGCAUGAUGAAUUGAUGUAAAUUUUAUUUUUUGAUUUCCCUCUUUUCUAUUUACAUGUGUGUUUUCGACUGUUAUUAUGUUUGAUUAUUUUUUAUACAUUGUUUUCACCAAAUAUUAUCAUCACUGUUAUUAUAUUCUGACUUUUAUUUUUGGGAUGCGCUCCCGUUUGAACUAUGUAAUAAGUGAAUAAGUACAUAAUCACGUUGUUAAGAGUUAGUUUUCAAAUUGCUUUAAAUUUUCUAUAUUUACUCUGUAUUUACUAUUUUAUUUUCGUUUAGAUUUGUUUAGAAACCCGAGCUGUUAACAUGCGAUUUGCACUAAAACUUAAUCUUCUUUUCAACUUGAUCUACUUAAACUUGAAAACAUGCCGGAAGACGUUGAAAUGGGUGAGACCGAGACCUUCGCAUUCCAGGCGGAGAUCGCCCAGUUGAUUCUGACCAUCAAUACGUUUUAUUCCAACAAGGAGAUAUUUUUAAGAGAGUUGAUCUCCAAUUCUUCAGAUACCUUGGACAAGAUCCGCUACGAGUCUCUUACAGAUCCGACCAGGCUUCAAUCCGGAACGGAGCUUUACAUUAAGAUUAUUCCGAACAAGGAAGACAGGACAUUGACUGUUAUUGACACUGGUAUUGGUAUGACCAAGGCUGAUCUUGUAAACAACUUAGGAACGAUUGCCAAGUCAGGAACAAAAGCUUUCAUGGAGGCACUUCAGGCUGGAGCUGAUAUUUCUAUGAUUGGUCAGUUUGGUGUUGGUUUCUACUCGGCUUACUUAGUUGCUGACAAGGUGACAGUCAGCUCGAAACACAUUGACGAUGAACAGUAUUUGUGGGAAUCUUCUGCUGUUGGUUCUUUCACGGUCAGGCCCGACCCUGGUGAACCCCUUGGCCGGGGUACCAAGAUCGUCCUGUACAUCAAGGAAGACCAAACUGAAUUUUUGGAAGAGAGAAAGAUCAAGGAUGUCGUCAAGAAGGUGAAGAAGAAGAUGAAGAGGGAAGUGAAGAAGUCCAAGAAGGUGAAGAAGAAGAUGAAGAUUGAAGUGAAGAAGUUGGAGAAGAACGAAGAAAAGAAGAACAAGCACAGAAGAAAGGGCGCGGAAAACCCAGCAUACAACGUACAAAGAGAGGAAGACCCAAAAAGAUCUACAAGCACUUCGAGGACAAUCGGUCGGCGAAUACCACGGAAGAAGAAACAACAAAAAACGACAUACCGACUGGAGACAGUGCGAACUUCAUUGGACCCUCUAUCAACGAGGCUCUUAACAACUCACUCUGGAGAAAAGUCAUAAUUGAAAUACCUAUCAACCCAAGAGAUGCCGGCGGACGUCUUAACGAAGCCACUCAUAAAGCACAAGCACACCACGUGUAUAGCAAGGAUGGGCAUGGAUGUCUUCGAGGGGGGGGUUUUGAAGCAGCCGCCGAACACUCAUUGAUCGAUUAGUCUGUUGUACGUAUCGAUAGGCGGCGCGACCGUCUGUCUAGUCUAGUCUUGUACAUGUGCUCUCGCAAUAAAGUUCUUUCGUUCUCAA